AUGACCAAGUCUUACACGGAGGAGAGUAUGAUGCUCGAGUCCCAGAACAACACAAACUGGACGGACGAGUGUCACAGCUCUCAGGACGAGCACGACACGGAAAAGAAAAACGGGGCACACGAAACGAUGCACAAGGACAUCGAAGAUGAUGAAGAUGCACUUAACAGACUGGAAGAUGAUGAGGAGGAAGAGGAAGAAGAGGAAGAAGAGGAUGGCGAUGACACCAAGCCGAAAAGACGUGGACCCAAGAAGAAGAAAAUGACUAAAGCGCGGCUGCAGAGGUUUAAAUUGAGGCGUAUGAAAGCAAACGCACGAGAAAGGAACCGUAUGCACGGCCUAAACGAUGCGCUGGAGAGCCUGCGUAAAGUUGUGCCAUGCUACUCCAAAACCCAGAAGCUCUCCAAGAUCGAGACUCUUCGUCUGGCGAAAAAUUACAUUUGGGCCCUUUCCGAGAUUCUGAGGUCUGGCAAAAGUCCGGAUUUGAUGUCAUUUGUACAGGCCCUGUGCAAGGGUCUGUCACAGCCUACCACCAAUUUGGUCGCAGGAUGUCUCCAACUUAAUCCCAGAACUUUUCUUCCAGAGCAAAGUCAGGAGAUACCACCUCAUAUGCAAACUGCAAGUGCUUCCUUUUCCGCGCAUCCCUAUUCAUACCAAACGCCUGGUCUUCCCAGUCCUCCGUACGGUACAAUGGACAGUUCCCACAUCUUUCAUGUCAAGCCACACGCGUACGGAAGCGCGCUCGAGCCCUUUUUCGAAACAGCGCUUACUGACUGCACAAGUCCCUCAUUUGACGGACCCCUUAGCCCACCUCUGAGUGUCAACGGGAACUUUUCCUUCAAACACGAGCCUUCUUCGGAGUUCGAAAAGAACUACGCCUUUACCAUGCACUAUCAGGCUGCGGGGCUGGCCGGACCGCAGACACAUGCCUCACUGUAUGCGAGCUCCACACAACGUUGUGAUAUACCGAUGGAAAACAUUAUGUCGUACGAUGGUCAUUCUCAUCACGAGAGAGUCAUGAAUGCCCAACUAAAUGCUAUAUUUCAUGAUUCAUAA